CACCUUGAAGGCUGCCGUCAUCGCGCAGCCUAAAAUAUGACCAUUAAAAUAGAACGCAACACGAAAUUGUCACUUUGCGAUUGAUUGAUUUGAUGUCUCUUGCUACAGCUUGAAUGAUCCUGGCUAUAUAUAAGGCAUUAUCAACACAGUGAGCAUCACUUCUUCAACCUUUUUGAUAUCAAGAGGAACUUCUGCAGGUCGGAAAGGAAAUAAACACAAAAAUGAAACUCACAUUAGCAGUCGUGGUGGUUUUCGCCUACAUUGCAACAACAAAUGCCAUCAAUCCUGCAAUUUUAGCUGCCAUGACCGGUGGUGGCGGUGGCAACUUUAAACAAAUGUUAUUAAUGGAUGCAUUAUUCAAAAAUCAAAAUAUUGGUGGUGGUGGUGGUGGUGGUGGUGGAGUCCUAGGAGGCGGACAAAGUCAAUUUGCGAAAAUGAUCAUGACAAAAAUGCUGCUGAAACAAUUUGGUGAAAAUCCAUUAGCAGCUAUGACUUUGAUGGGUAAUCAAAAUAUCGACCCCAUGACAUUGAUUGCAUUAAGCGGCGGAGAGAACAUGCAAGCAAUUAUUCCAAUUAUCAUGCGACAACAAAUGCAGCAACAAAUGCGAAGUCAAAUGCCCCCUGUUGGUGCUUUAGGAACACAAAUGACUCCCAUGUAAAUUAUAAUAACAAUAAUAUGUAAAUUAUAGUUAUGGUUGUAAAUGCUUGUGAUAAAAAGAUUAAAGUGAUCCUUGUCCUGUAUUAAGGUUGAUAUCAUUUUGAUCAUUUUGGGGUAAAAGGAUUUUUUGUUAAACGUCUCUAUAAAUACUGUCUGCAACUACCAGAAGCUCUUCCCUGGUUCAUUCUGACAAAUUAUACUACAAAAUACAAGCGUUUGAUGACUUCACGAAGAAUACACCACCAUAUUGAAUAAUAUUAUGUUGUUUGUAUAUCUCUGAAAGAUGUUUAAAAUGUGAUAUUGUUCAAAUCAUGCUCAAUCUCUAAUCAUUGUUCAAUCUUGAUUUUGAAUACAGAAAAAAAUUGUUCAAGCUUAUA